AUGAAGUUCUCUCCUCUUCUCCUCUCAACUCUCCUGGCCCACGUCGCCGUCGGCCAAACUGCCGACAAGACAAAGGAGGUGCACCCCAAGAUCGACACAUACCGCUGCACCAAAGCCGGCGGCUGCAAGAAGACGACAAACUACAUCGUCGCCGAUGCUGAACUCCACGGCAUCAGCCAGUCCAACGGUCAGAACUGUGGUGACUGGGGUGAAGCCGCUGACCCCAAGGCUUGUCCCGAUGAGAAGACAUGUGCAAAGAACUGCAAGCUCUCUGGCAUGGACCUUGCUGCCUACAAGGCUAAGGGUAUCACUACCUCUGGCAGCGCUCUUCGUCUGGAGAUGUUGAGGAACGGACAAUCUGUUUCUCCUCGUGUUUACCUUCUUGAGAAGAACAAGAAGAAGUAUGAGAUGCUUAAGCUUACCGGUGCUGAGUUCUCUUUCGACGUUGAGACUCAGAAGCUUCCUUGCGGUAUGAACGGUGCUUUGUAUCUUUCUGAGAUGCCUGCCGAUGGUGGUAAGAGCACUAGCCGAUACAGCACUCUUGGUGCUGCGCAGGGUGCUGGAUACUGUGAUGCUCAGUGCUAUGUUACACCUUUCAUCAACGGAGUUGGCAACAUCAAGGGCAAGGGUGUCUGCUGUAACGAGAUGGACAUCUGGGAAGCCAACUCUCGCGCAACCCACAUCGCUCCCCACCCCUGCAGCGUCCCCGGCCUGUACGGCUGCACAGGCGACGAGUGCAAGAAGGAGGGCAUCUGCGACAAGGCUGGCUGCGGCUGGAACCACAACCGCAACAACGUCACUGACUUUUACGGUCGCGGCAAGGAAUUCAAGGUCGACACCACCCGCAAGUUCACCGUCGUGUCCCAGUUCCCCGCCGACAAGCAAGGCAACCUGAAGGAGAUGCACCGCCACUACAUCCAGGACGGCAAGGUUAUCAAGUCCGCUGUCGUCACUCUUCCUGGACCUCCCAAGGUUACUGGAAACAUUAUCACCGAUCAGUACUGCAAGGCCAGCAACGCUGAUGAUUAUCUCCGUCUUGGCGGCACAACCGAGAUGGGCGAUGCCAUGACCCGCGGCAUGGUUCUCGCCAUGAGCGUCUGGUGGAGCGAGGGCGAUUCCAUGGAGUGGCUCGACGGAAAGGGCCCCGGCGCCGGACCCUGCACCAAGGAAGAAGGUCUGCCCAAGAACAUUGUCAAGGUCGAGCCCAACCCCGAAGUCACCUUUAGCAACAUGCGCAUUGGCGAGAUCGGGUCUACACACGCGGUCAAGAUGCCUCGACCUUAUGCCGCUCACCGCCUGUAG